AUGUCAUCAUCUUCAUCCGAUGGACUUGAAGAAAGAGUAGACGAACUUUUCGACGAAAUCGUUGAAGAUACAUACAACGACAUAGUGGAGGCCGAAACCAUGCCGCAAAGGACACGUGCAUAUGUAGAACGACACCACGAAGGAGGAGAGGCCCGCUUAUGGAAUGACUACUUCAGCGAAGAUGUGACAUUCUCAUCUCAUUUAUUCAGACGUCGUUUCCGCAUGAAUAAGGAAUUAUUCUUGCAUCUUGUUCAUGGCCUAUCAGACUGCUUUCCAUUCUUUCAGCAAAGAAGAGAUGCAACCGGGAGGUUCGGUCUUUCUGCACUACAAAAAUGUACGGCAGCAAUUCGUCUGCUUGCUUAUGGUACUGCAGCUGACACGGUUGACGAAUAUCUCUGA